AUGGCCGAGAAAAAGAGAUCGUCAGCCCCCAAAGCGCGACGGGACAAGUCGCGCCCCCCCGCCCGGGCCUCCCCCCGGGCUUCCACCCACUCUGACACCCACACGCCCCCGGCCGAGGGCGGGAGGAGGUCCCCGCCCGGGGAACCCCUGGAUGUCGAGGACAUCCUGGCCGAGCUCCUGGACCGGGUGAUAGCCGAGAGCGUGCGGGCGGCGGUGGCGCGGCAGCGGGUGCCCUACACGGUGUCCCGGGCGCGGGACGCCAUCCUGUGUGUCGUCGAGUGGCGGUUCCUGGCGCGGGACGAGGGGGACCCCGACCCCGGGGAGGACCCGGACCCCGAGCGAGCCCGAGCCUGGAGCGAGGACGAGGAGCCCCAGCCCUGCGUCCUGGACACCUCGGCGCAGGGCGUUGUCCCCGUCCGGCUGGUCCCUCCGUCCCUGGGAGAGGUCCCGUCCCAGGAAUCCCCCGUGACAGACGAGGCUUCCUCCGAGCAUCCUCUCCGGGCCCUCGACGCUGUCACCGUCCCGGCUGUCCGUCUGUCCCGGGGAGAGGUCCUCGAUGCGAAGCCCCCGAGCCAGGACCCCCCCGCAGCAGCCGGAGCUCCCCCCGCGGUUCCCGGCCGGGUCCCCGGCGCUGUUCCCACCCUGCCCGCGCCAGGGCCACCCCGCCCGAAGCCUCCCACCGCCCCCCGGUCCCCCGACAGAGAAUCCCGUCCCUCGCGGCCGCCCCGCCCCGAGCCCCCGCCGUGCGACUCCUGGCUGAGCUCGGCGCUGCUGGCGCCCGGGGUCACCGUGCGCUGGGCCGGCGGCGAGCGGCGCGGGCCGGGCACGGCGGGGCACGGCGAGCACGAGGAGGAGGAGGGCGAGGUGAGCGAGGCCGAGCGGGAGCUGAGGCCCAUCCUCUCCGCCCCGGCGUUCCGGCUCGCGUCGGACGGCGAGCGCUGA